AUGAGCAAGCAGCUCAGAGACCACUAUCAGAGUGGUUCACCGUCACUGGAUUCUUCUCAGAAUAACUGUUCAGUAGAGUUCGUCAAGAGAAGAGGAGACAGCACACAAAAAAUUGAAGAGAUCUAUGAAGAAAACCACUCAAUGGUGACUGAGUUUAUCUUUAUUGGCAUCACUCAGGACCCUCAGAUGCAGGUCAUCUUCUUCGUGGUCUUCCUCUUGGUCUACCUGAUCAAUGUAGUGGGGAAUGUUGGUAUGAUUAUGCUAAUCAUAACAGACACUCAGCUUCACACACCCAUGUAUUUUUUCCUCUGCAACCUCUCCUUUGUAGACGUGGGAUACUCCUCAGCCACUGCACCCAGGAUGCUGGCUGACUUCCUAACAAAACACAAAGUUAUCUCAUUCGCCAGUUGUGCCACCCAGUUUGCUUUCUUCGUGGGUUUUGUGGAUGCUGAGUGCUAUGUUCUGGCUGCCAUGGCCUAUGACCGUUUUGUGGCCAUCUGUCGACCCCUCCACUAUAGCACUCUCAUGUCCAAGCGAGUCUGCUUGGCUCUCAUGUUGGGGUCUUACCUGGCUGGUCUGGUGAGUUUAGUUGCCCACACUUCCCUCACCUUCAGUUUGAGUUACUGUGGUUCCAAUAUCAUCAACCACUUCUUCUGUGAAAUCCCACCACUCUUGGCCCUCUCCUGCUCAGACACCCACAUCAGUGAGAUCUUGCUCUUUAGUCUAUGUGGCUUCAUUGAAUUCAGCACCAUCCUCAUCAUAUUCAUCUCCUAUGCCUUCAUCCUCAUUGCAAUCAUCAGAAUGAGCUCAGCUGAAGGCCGCCUUAAGGCUUUCUCCACCUGUGGGUCUCACCUCACUGGCGUCACACUUUUCUAUGGCACAGUCAUGUUUAUGUACCUGCGGCCAACAUCCAGCUACUCCCUGGACCAAGACAAGUGGGCCUCUGUGUUCUACAUGAUUAUCAUCCCCAUGUUGAAUCCCUUGAUCUACUGUUUACGGAACAAGGAUGUGAAAGCUGCUUUCAAAAAACUAAUUGGAAGAAAACCUCAAUGA